AUGCAGGAGGAUGGCCUUCCGGCUGGGCAGCCGGGCGCGGCUGCGGCCUCCGCGCCCCCCGCCGCCCCGGCCCCGGAGUGGCCGAACAAGGAGUCGAGCUACGAGCUCACCACGCGCAUCGGGCACGGGGCCUUCGCGACGGUGCACAAGGCCGUCAUCAAGGAGGGCGCGAAGGCGGGCGCCGAGGUCGCGGUGAAGAUCAUCGAGCUCGAGGAGUUCGCCGACUCGAGCCUCGAGGAGAUCCGGCGCGAGCUCCAGAUGAUGCGCAUGUGCCGGCACGAGAACGUGAUCGCGUACCACGUGGCGUUUCCGGCGAAGCGGCAGAUGUGGCUCGUGAUGCCGCUGCUCGCGGGAGGCUCGUGCGCCAACGUGAUGCGGUCCAGGCAAGCGACCGGCGGCUUCGAGGACGAGAGCAUCGUCGCGUAUAUAUUGCGGGAGACGGCGAAGGCCAUUAAGUGGAUUUCCAUGACAACAUGCAGAUACACAGGGAUCUCAAGGCUGGCAACAUCCUCUUGA